AUGAUGGAAAGUGAAAUGGAAAAAGGAAGACCAUAUCAGGAGAAACCAAGAACUUUUUCAACUGUACGAAGUAAAUCAUCUAUACCGCUGGUCUUCCGUGUGUUGAUGAAGAUAAAUCCUCGUGCCCUGAUAGUUCUCCUUCUGCUGGUUGUCUGUGGUGUGUUCUACUUAGGAGCCAGUACAUCACCAAUUAUAGUCUUCGUGUUCUGUAUAUGCACUCUCAGUUUAUUCUUCUCUCUCUACCUCACAAAGUGGGUUCUUGCCAAGGAUGAAGGACCUCCAGAGAUGUCUGAGAUAUCUGAUGCCAUAAGGGAUGGUGCUGAAGGAUUUUUUAGGACACAGUAUGGGGCUAUUUCUAAAAUGGCUUGCAUCCUGGCACUUGUUAUCCUUUUCAUUUAUCUCUUCCGCACUACCACCCCGCAGCAGGAGGCAUCAGGCCUAGGAAGGACAACAUCUGCAUAUAUUACAGUUAUUGCCUUUCUCCUUGGAGCUGUGUGUUCUGGACUAGCUGGAUAUGUUGGGAUGUGGGUCUCCGUACGUGCAAAUGUUAGAGUUUCAAGUGCUGCUCGACGGUCUGCAAGGGAAGCAUUGCAGAUUGCUGUCCGUGCAGGUGGUUUCUCGGCCAUCGUUGUUGUUGGCAUGGCUGUAUUUGGUGUGGCAUUACUCUAUGCAACAUUUUAUGUUUGGCUUGGAGUAGAUUCACCUGAUUCGAUGAAGGUUACAGACUUGCCUCUUCUCCUUGUGGGGUACGGUUUUGGUGCGUCGUUUGUUGCCCUCUUUGCUCAGCUGGGUGGUGGCAUAUACACCAAAGCAGCUGAUGUUGGAGCUGAUCUUGUUGGAAAGGUUGAGCAGGGAAUACCAGAAGAUGAUCCUCGUAAUCCUGCUGUCAUUGCUGACUUGGUUGGUGACAAUGUUGGAGAUUGUGCUGCCCGUGGUGCCGAUCUUUUUGAAAGCAUAGCAGCAGAAAUUAUCAGUGCAAUGAUACUUGGUGCAACAAUGGCACAGCGCUGCAAAAUUGAAGAUCCCUCUGGCUUUAUUCUGUUUCCUCUUGUUGUCCAUUCUUUUGACCUAGUGGUGUCAUCAGUUGGAAUUCUCUCAAUUAGGGGAACACGUGACUCUGGAUUAAUAUCCCCUAUUGAAGAUCCCAUGGCAAUUAUGCAGAAAGGCUAUUCUAUUACUAUACUGCUUGCUGUUCUUACCUUUGGAGGGUCUACUCGUUGGCUCCUGUACACUGAACAAGCACCUACUGCAUGGUUCAAUUUUGCCUUGUGUGGCUUGGUGGGCAUCAUCACAGCAUAUGCUUUUGUUUGGAUUUCCAAGUAUUAUACAGAUUAUAAGCAUGAGCCCGUCCGCCUUUUAGCUCUUUCAAGCUCCACAGGACAUGGAACUAAUAUUAUUGCUGGAGUAAGUUUGGGAAUGGAAUCAACAGCCUUGCCAGUUCUGGUGAUAUCUGUAGCCAUUAUAUCAGCAUUUUGGUUGGGACGUACCUGUGGCUUGGUAGAUGAGCUUGGCAAUCCAACUGGUGGUCUUUUUGGGACAGCUGUAGCUACAAUGGGAAUGCUAAGUACUGCAGCAUAUGUUCUCACAAUGGACAUGUUUGGUCCUAUAGCUGACAAUGCUGGUGGUAUUGUGGAGAUGAGUCAGCAGCCUGAAAGUGUUAGGGAAAUCACAGACAUUCUAGAUGCUGUGGGUAACACUACGAAAGCUACCACAAAGGGAUUUGCUAUAGGGUCAGCAGCACUGGCUUCCUUUCUCCUGUUCAGCGCAUAUAUGGAUGAAGUAGCUGCUUUUGCACAGUUGCCAUUCAAAGAGGUUGACAUAGCAAUUCCAGAGGUUUUUGUUGGUGGUUUACUAGGUUCGAUGCUUAUAUUCCUGUUUAGUGGAUGGGCUUGUUCAGCUGUUGGCAGAACUGCACAAGAAGUUGUUACUGAGGUCAGGAGACAAUUCAUCGAGAGGCCUGGAAUUAUGGACUACAAAGAGAAGCCUGAUUAUGGUCGUUGUGUUGCAAUUGUGGCCUCUGCAUCCUUGAGGGAAAUGAUAAAGCCAGGGGCUUUAGCAAUUUUGUCUCCCAUGGCCGUUGGCAUCAUCUUUCGGAUUUUGGGCCAUGCUACGGGGCAGCCUCUCCUUGGAGCUAAAGUCGUCGCCUCUAUGCUCAUGUUUGCCACUGUUACUGGUAUCCUCAUGGCGCUCUUCCUGAACACUUCGGGCGGUGCCUGGGAUAAUGCCAAGAAGUACAUCGAGACUGGUGCACUUGGUGGUAAAGGCAGUGAGGCUCACAAGGCUGCAAUUACUGGCGACACGGUUGGAGAUCCGUUCAAAGACACGGCAGGCCCUUCGAUCCAUGUUCUCAUCAAGAUGCUCGCCACGAUCACACUGGUCAUGGCUCCGAUCUUCUUGUAA